AUGUUGUAUUGCCUCCUCCUGGCAGUCUUAACUGUCCUGAUCCUCUCCUCUGAUACAAGUGCCCAACCGCUCAUUGAGGACACUGCGCGCUUCGGCCACGCUGGCAGCUUCAACCCAUUCAAAAUGCCCGACUACUUCACAUGGGAGCCAACAUCGGGACGAAAAACAGUCGGCCAAAUUGAUCACCACCCUGGAAAAUUCGAACCUCACGGCAGCGGAAAAGUACUCAUUUUUCUCGAACUUGGGGCCCUACGACUGCCUAAUUGGCACACCGACUCGGCCUACGAAAUACUGAAGAAUUUGGCCUCAGGAGAAAAUAACGAAGUUUGGAUGUAUAGUGUAAAAGAUCUCAAGUACCUGGACACGUAUAGGACUAUUCCUAAUCUCAACAUAGCGACAGAGCAUGGGGCGGUACUGCGGAUGGCGGGUUCUGAUGUGAUCAACAACGCUGUGCACCCUGAGGUACCACAGAUUAAAACAGCAAUGGCCGAAAUCGCUAAACGUUAUCCCAUCUUUAAUAUUCAUAUGUUACCAGGAGUAAACACUGUGUCAUUUAGGUACAACAAAAAAUACCACGAUUAUUUCGAACCAGUGGUUGUCGCGGACAUAACAAAAAUGUUAGAGCAGAGCCACCGGGACUUCACGUUCAGGCUAGAUCAGAUAGGCUAUGGGGAAAUUAAGCAUAAAGAAUCCGACAGAGGGAAUCUCAUCCACCACUUGCUAGUCACCAAGUGGUACUCGCGCGGAAUCGCAAUUGGACGUCGGGAUGUUGAUGAAGGCAUGUUCAAAGCAAUGAAUAUGGCAAAUUCCUUCGGCGCCAAUUUCCACACUGUGAUUGUCAGCGAAUCGGAGGAGCAGGAAACUUCUGCAAAAUACAAAUUGGCAAAUACUUUCCAGGUUCUCCGGCUUCUCUCCGACUAUGCCCGCCGCCAAGACAACUUCAAGUAUGCCACUCAGACUGGACAGAUAGACCCUAUUAAACCGCCUCCAGACUCGUAA